AUGCAUAUAUCCAUGAGAACUUUCUUCCUUCUCAGGUUGCUUGCUAUUGCAGCCAUUAGUACUAGUAUUGGUUCAUGCAAUGGAAACCUGGGUGUGCCUACUUGUAGAGAAAGUGAAAAACAAGCACUUCUCAUUUUCAGGCAAGAUCUUACUGAUCCCUCCGACCGCCUUUCAUCAUGGGUUGCCGAUGAGAAUUCCAACUGCUGCCAUUGGGUUGGAGUUGUCUGUGAUAACUCCACAGGCCACAUCCAUGAGUUGCAUCUCGAUAACCCUGACGUUUAUUGGGCUUCCUUGCGUCCGUUGCGUGGUAAGAUAAAUCCUUCACUACUCAAUUUAACGCAUCUUACCUACUUAAACCUAAGUAACAACAAUUUUGAAGGAACUCAGAUUCCUAGCUUCUUUUGUUCUCUCAAAAGUUUAACUCAUCUUGACCUCUCAUACGCAAUGUUUGAGGGUCUCAUUCCCCGUCAACUUGGAAAUCUUUCCAGUCUAAGCCAUCUCUCUCUUGGUCGUGGCUACGACCUGGAAGUUGAGAACCUUCACUGGAUUUCUGGUCUUUCUCAGUUGGAACACCUGGACAUGAGUGAUGUCAAUAUUAGCAAAGCAUCUGAUCAUUGGCUGCUAGUGACAAACAUGCUCCCCUCUUUGGUAGAGUUACACAUGAGUUCUUGUCAACUCAAUCACAUUCCCUCUCUACCAAUCGUCAAUUUUACUUCACUAGCAAUCCUUGACCUUUCUUGGAAUUCAUUUAGUUCAUUCAUUCCCGGGUGGGUUUUCAGUUUUAAAAAUCUAGUUUCUCUUCAUCUGGAGUCUUCUGGUUUCCAAGGUCCGAUUCCCAGCAGUCCAAACAACAUCACGUCUCUCAGGGAAAUUGAUCUCUCUGGUAAUUUGGAUCUUAACGAUUCCAUACCUGAGUGGUUGUUUAACCACAAAGAGCUCACUCAUUUGGACCUGGGAUACAAUGCACUUGCAGGGCCACUGCCAGAUGGUACGGUGAAUAUGACUGGUCUUAAAGUCCUUAAUCUCGAAUGGAAUACUUUCAAUUCAACCAUACCUGAGUGGUUGUAUAGUUUUUACUCUCUUGAGUCCUUAUCUCUUUCUCACAAUAACUUCCAGGGUGAAAUUUCAAACUCAUUGGGAAAUCUUUGUAAGUUGAUGGUUCUUGAUCUUUCAUUCAACCAAUUCACGGUUGGAAGGUUAUCAAAGAUCCUUGAAACUUUUUCUGUGUGUGGUUCAAAUAGAAUAGAGACAUUGUCUUUGCGAUCUUGUAAUCUUUCUGGUCCCAUUCCAGUGUCCCUGGGUAAUCUGUCAUGCUUAGAAAGAUUAGACAUCUCUCACAAUCAGUUCAAUGGAACUCUUCCAGAAAGCAUUGGUCAACUCAAGAUGCUAACUUAUUUGGAUAUAUCUUAUAAUUCAUUUCAAGGUGUAGUGUCUGAAGCUCAUUUUACUCAUCUUACGGAAUUGUCAAUCUUCCUAGGAAAUGAAAAUUCAUUGAGGCUCAAUACUAGUCGAGAUUGGAUUCCUCCUUUUCAAAAACUUGAGUACUUAUGCUUAGAUUUUUGGCAUCUGGGGCCUGAAUUUCCUACGUGGAUUCAGAAAUCACCAUUCCGUUUAAGGGAUCUAAGCUUAUCUGGCACAGGACUUUCGGAUACUAUUCCGAAUUGGGUUUGGAACUCAUCUACACGUUAUCUUAAUCUUUCUCACAAUCAACUGCAUGGGGAGCUUCCAAGUUUAGCUGCAACGACGUAUUGGGUAAUUGACCUAAGUUCUAACCAGUUCAACGGUUCAUUGCCUCUGGUUUCUUCCAAUGUAAGCAUACUAGAUCUUUCCAAUUCGUCAUUUUCUGGAUCUGUCAGCCACUUCUUUUGCGAUACAAGAGAUGGGCCAAAACAACUUCAACUUCUUCAUCUCGGGAACAAUCAUCUUGUUGGAAGAAUUCCUGAUUGUUGGAUGAAUUGGAAAAACCUGAAGUAUGUGAAUUUAGAACGUAACAGUUUCACUGGGAAUAUUCCAAGCUCCAUGGGACACUUGCCAUUGCUCGGAUCACUUUACCUGCGCAAUAAUCAGCUCUCUGGGGAGUUGCCUUCAUCAAUGCAGAAUUUGAGUGAAUUGGAGGUUGUUGACCUUGGUCUAAAUAAGUUGGAGGGAAGCUUACCACCAUGGAUAGGAAACAGCCUUUCAAGCUUGAUGGUUCUUAGCCUUCGUUCAAAUAAGUUUCAGGGAGACAUUCCGCACGAACUUUGUAAUCUCGAAUAUCUUCAAAUUUUGGACAUUGCAAAUAACAAUCUCUCUGGAACAAUACCAAUAUGCUUCAACAGUUUUAGUUCCAUGAAAACCUCGUCAAAAUCAGAUAGUUUUCCUUAUUUUGACAUGCAUAAUUUGUUAACUGUGAUGAAACCCGGAGAAUUGUGGUCUGGAACGUACGAAGAUAAUGCGGUCUUGGUGACAAAAGGGAAGGAAAUGAGAUAUAGCAAGAUUCUUCCAUUUGUAAAAAGCAUGGACAUUUCAGCCAACGUUAUAUCUGGGGAGAUACCUGAGGAACUGACCAGCCUCAUUGGCUUGCAAACUUUGAACUUAUCAAACAAUUGUUUGACCGGAAGAAUCCCUUCAAAGAUUGCUAAUUUGAGUCAGUUAGAAACUCUUGAUUUGUCGAUGAACAAACUCUAUGGUGAAAUUCCUGCAAGCGUGACGAGUAUGACAUUUCUGAGUCAUUUGAACUUGUCCUACAACAAUCUGACCGGACGGAUUCCAGAAAGUACUCAGCUUCAGAGCCUUGAUCAGUCCGGCUUUGUUGGCAAUGAACUCUGCGGACCUCCACUCAUCAAGAAUUGCAGUGCAAGCAAGGUGAUACCAUUACCACCAACAGUUGAGCAAGAGAGAGGAUAUGAUUUUCUUGAAGACAAGUGGUUCUAUUUGAGCUUGGGAUUGGGAUUCGCAGUUGGUUUCUGGACUAUACUUGGUUCCUUACUGGUAAACUUGCCAUGGAGCUUUGCCUUUUCACGGUACCUCAAUAGCAUUGUGCUUAAACUUUAUGCUGUAAUUAAUUGUUGAAUAUGUCUAGCUAGAUAGUUGUGUGGAUUUUGUUUCUCCUUGCUAAAAAGAACUUGUCUGUUUCUUUUGAACUUUGUAAUUCUCUUGCUGUUGUCACAAUAAAAGUUCAUCCUUCUAUUGAUUUUGUUGCAGUUGUAAUACUGUUUUUCUUGUACUUUUUUUUCCCAGAUAU